GGACCAAUGUGUCCGGAGUCCCUGUCUCAGAAUUGAUUCUCUCCUCUAUGACAUAUGGCCCUUGUUGGCUCUACUCGUCAUUACUUCUGUGUCCCCACCCGCUUGCCAGGGACCCUCGUCUCUCCCUACCCACAAACGGCAAGCCUCCAAACCCUUCCAUUUAUCUCAGCUAGGGUUCCCUCCUCUCCAGGCUCAGCAACCACGGGACUCAGCAGCCUUCCGGGUGGUUCCCAUUCCUCCCCGAAUUCUCCCAACCCUGCCCUGUCAUUUCUGUACCACGUGCACAGUGCGAGGGAUCCAGAAGAGAAGGCUGGUUGCCAGGGCAACGGAGGAUAAAGCCCUCGCUCUGCCAGGCUGCUGAUUGGCUGAGACACGUCCCGCCUCCUGCCAUCCUGAGGGUCGGGGGCAGAGGGAAGUGUCUCCUGGUGGGCAGGGAGACCUACCAAUGUGCCUUGCCAGCCCAGGACUGCCCCCUCCCAGCCCCGUCAGAGUCCUGGGCCUGAGAAGCAUUGUCUCCCACGGGAGGCAGUGGCCUCGCCCUUUCUCUGCCUCCAGCACCCAGGGCCGCUGCAGAUGGCAGUGUCUCUGGGGACAGCAGCUACGACUGAGUCCACAGGCCGACAUUGAGCUGCUCAGGCCGAGGCGGUGCGCUCAGCACAGAGCCCCUGGAACAGGCAUCUGCAGGUCGUGAGCUGAGGCCGCCGCGAUGCCGCACUUCCUGGACUGGUUCGUGCCCGUGUACCUGGUCAUCUCCGUGCUCAUCCUGGUGGGCUUCGGCGCCUGCAUCUACUACUUCGAGCCUGGCCUGCAGGAGGCGCACAAGUGGCGCAUGCAGCGCCCCCUGGUGGACCGUGACCUCCGCAAGACCCUGAUGGUCCGCGACAACUUGGCCUUCGGAGGCCCAGAGGUCUGAGCUGACCGGCGCCGGGCACCGGGCGCCCUCCCCCGCCUCGCCCAGCCUGGAGACCCUGAGGCAGAGAGAGGACAACGUCUGCUCCUCCGGGCCACCCCUCUGGAGCUGGGCCCUCCCAGCAGAAGCUUCUGGGUGCCCCGGGUGGACACUGGCUGCACCUGGUGAGAUAGGGGCACCUGGGUAUCUUGAGGUGUCACUGCUGCUGGCCCGGGGCUUGCUUUCCACCUCAAGCCAGUUCUCUCCACACCUGCCCUCCCCAGCUCUGGGUUUAUCCCCCGCUGGCCUCCAGUGCCUUUGUGCUGCCCAGCACUCUCGCCCCUCACCUGGAGUCAGGCGCCGCUGCCCCUGCCUGUCCUAAGUGUCUAGAUUCCCACUUCCCCACUGAACCCCCGGUGACACUCAACGGCCCGCUCCACCCGAGGAGGCAACCUCCCUGCAGCCUCACAUGGCAGGCUUCAAAGCUGACCCAAGGGAAAGGCCCUAUUUGGAGGGGUGUCUGCUCCUUCCAGUUCAGCCCCACCCCUCUGGACUCAGACUUGGCAACGGUGAGCGUGUGUGACGGGGUAUGCGGAGGCGUGAGACCACAGAGGACGGAGGGGUGUGUGUGUGUGAAAGAGAGAGAGACAGAGAGAUGAGAGAGAGAGUCUGGGAGGGGGGAGUGGGGAGGGGGACAGGCAGGUAUGUAUGUGUAAGAGGGAGAGCGGGGGCCCCAAGCAGGGCGGGAGGUGGCGGGGACAGGGCGAGCCUGUGGUAGGCUGCCCACAGCGGUUCUCACCUCCCUCCCUGUGCCAGGUUUCCCUACUCUCUCCUUCCCCAAGGCCCCUGCCCUGUACUGCAGCCCCCAGCACCAUCCCCCUGCCCAGCCAACCCCACCAGGGAGCCCUCCUCCUUUGUGGAACACUGUUGCCUCAUUUGGGAUGUCGAGUAGCAGACUGUCUCACUCUCCUCCUCUGGGGCUUCCCUCUUAGUUUCUUGCAAUAAUAAAGACUUCAUGACUAU